AUGGGGCUGGGACAAUCCAACAAGGCUUCCGUCACCGAUGACACAGAGGAGGUCAAUUUUGACCACUUCCAGAUCCUAAGGGCUAUCGGGAAAGGAAGUUUCGGGAAGGUGUGCAUUGUGCAGAAGAAGGACACAAAGAAAAUGUAUGCCAUGAAGUAUAUGAACAAACUGAAGUGUGUGGAACGGAACGAGGUCCGCAAUGUUUUCAAGGAGAUGCAGAUCAUGCGGAACCUCGAGCAUCCUUUCCUUGUCAAUUUCUGGUACUCGUUCCAGGAUGAGGAGGACAUGUUCAUGGUAGUGGAUCUGUUGCUGGGAGGAGACCUGCGCUACCACCUCCAGCAGAACGUUCACUUCUCAGAGAGCACUGUCAAGCUGUACGUCUGUGAGAUCGCCCUGGCGCUGGGCUACCUCCGCAGCAAACGCAUCAUCCACAGAGACAUCAAACCUGACAACAUUCUGUUGGACGAACACGGACAUUGUCACCUGACGGACUUCAACAUCGCUGCCAUCGUCAAAGACGAUCUAAGAGCAACGUCUAUCGCAGGGACCAAACCAUACAUGGCCCCCGAGCUGUUCCAGCCACACGAGGGAAUACACCCUGGCUACUCCUUCUCUGUGGACUGGUGGUCUCUGGGCGUCACUGCCUACGAGCUUCUGCGAGGACAGAGGCCGUACGUCAUGCGCUCCAGCACACCGGCCAAUGAGAUCCUCCAGAUGUUCCACAAGGUCAACCCCAGCUACCCCAUAGCCUGGUCUCUGGAGAUGAAGACCAUGCUCAGAAAGUUGCUGUGUAUUGACGUGCACCAGCGUGUGUCCUGCCUGGCUGAGCUGCAGGAUCUAGACCUGCUGUCUGAUGUCAACUGGGACACUGUGCUCAACAAACAGCUGCCCCCCGGCUUCAUCCCCAAUAGGCGGAGGCUCAACUGCGACCCCACCUUUGAGCUGGAGGAGAUGAUCCUGGAGUCCAAACCGCUGCACAAGAAAAAGAAAAGACUAGCCAGGAAGACCAGAGAGCAGGGCUCCAAUGGGUCCCCCCAGAACGGUCAGCUCCAGCAGCGCCUGAACAAUGUGGAGAGGGACUUCAUCAUCUUCAACAGAGAAAGGUCAAAGAAGGCUGUGGCAGACACAGAGGUAGCAGACCUCACCACGACAGAGAAGAACAAGGCUAUCGAAGAUGGACAGAACAACAACGUGGACCCGGCAGCCGACAUAUCAGGAUAG